CCAUGUGUUCAGCUACACGAGCCGGUAACUUGGGAAAGAAGCAGAAAUACUCGCUGGAUUUGUGGUAGCCCUUUGAUAAUUCACAAUAAUUACUUAUUUGGACAUGGAUACUGUUCAAACCCCACACUGCAGUAAAAGAAAUGCUGAAGACAUAGCUGAGGACAAUGGGCCCAAAAGACGGAAGCCUGAUCCAGACAGCGUAGAGGUCAGACAAAAUGGCCACACGCCGCGUCCUGCUCGGUUCACUGUGAACGCAGAGCACCUUCAGAUGCCCAUCAGUGAGGAGCAGCUGCUGGAGCUACUGCACUACUCUGCUCUGGGCAAGGCACCAGGGCAGCUCAGGAGGCCCAGCUGGUAUGGCCUGCGCAGACAGAAGAGGCUGAAGGCGGUCUGUGUGGUUGUUGUGGACCAUGUGAGUCAGAGGAACUUCUAUGAACAUUACCUGUCACUGCCCAACCUGCGCACCAAGUACAACACUAGGGUGACUUUAAACUGCUCCUCCACAAACCUGGUGUCUGAGAUCUUCAGCUCAGAAGUGCCAGCAGUCUACCAUCCUCCACUGAAGAAACAGAAGAGCCCUCACUUACAUACAAGUCUGAGUUGUCACCCAGUCAUCCGUGAGUUUGGCACAGAGAGGAGGGGGCUGACAGCGUACCUCCUGAGUUCAGCAGAGAUGAGCAAGAGGAACUUCCCCCUCAUAGGAAGUCCGGGCUGUGAAGAUUUUGUGAGCACAGACUCUGACCCUGAGGUGACUGACAGCAGCCCGCUCUUCGGCCUCGACUGUGAGAUGUGUCUCACAGACAAGGGGAGCGAGCUGACCCGUGUCUCCCUGGUGGACAGCUCUGGAGCCUGUGUCCUGGACGAGCUGGUCAAACCCCAAAACAAGAUCCGCAGCUACCUCACACAGUUCUCCGGGGUGACACGCCAGAUGUUGAAGCCAGUGCAGACCACCCUGAGUCAGGUCCAGGCCAGACUCAAGUCCCUCCUGCCCAGAGACGCGGUGCUGGUGGGACACUCACUGGAGAACGACCUCCGGGCUCUCAAGAUGGUCCACCCUCACGUGAUCGACACGUCACUGCUCUACAGGAGAGAGUUUGGACAGAGGUUUAAGCUCAAGGUGCUGGCCCAGACUCUGCUGCAGAAGCAGAUCCAGACUGAGGACAUGAGAGGUCAUGACCCCUGUGAGGACGCUGCCGCUGCACUGGAGCUGGCACAGUACUUUAUCUCCAAUGGACCCCUCAAGAUCGUGGAGGAGCACCAGGAGGAGUUAUGGGGAAUCACACUGACAGAAGAACCAGAGAGCACUCCCCCUACAGCUGCUGAACACACCAGCUCACGGUUUGCAGAUGUGUUGCACACCUGUGGGCGUUCAGUGGCCUUCUUUGGGAGGCGCUCGGACGUCUGCCUGCACCUGUCCAAGCAGAUAUGGCUCAGCUCUGACAGACAGGUGCUGCAGGCUUUCAGAGACCAGCCCAAGUGUCCCUCCUUCUCUGUGAUUCAAUUCUCCUCGGACAGACAGGGGGCGCUCAGGCUACUGUACUCACAUCUAAGGGACAUGUGCGUGGUCUUCGCAGGGCCCCUCCCUCCUCACUCAUCAGAAGAAGAUGUGAGGCGCGUGUUUUCCUGUUGCGGGUCCCUGCGCUCUGUCAGGAUCAUACACACUGCGGUCAGGGUACAUGCAGAGGUCCAGUUUGCUCUGCCUGAGGGGGCUCUUCUGGCUCUGUCCACUCUGAACGGCCUCUCACUGCACGGACACUGUGUCAAGGUGCAGAGACCAUUGAGUGAGUCCAGUCUAGACGUGGACGUUACCCUGGAGGCUCUUCAGUCUGACCCCAUGACCCGACGCCUGCUCUACAUGUCCAGUAUCUGCCCAGCACUCACACUGCUACUGCAGGCUGCCACGCACAUGAGGGGGCACGCAGGGGAGGACACCCACGGAGACGACCACAGACACGCCCAUGGAGACGCCCAGAAACCUACACAUGUACCCAGGCUGCUCCUCCAGGCUUCCACACACAAGAGCGGGUACACAGAGGAAAACAACCACAGAGAUGCCCAUGGAGGAGGCAGAGGCGUCCCAGUGCAAGUGAACGGGCGAAGGACACUCGGGGAAGACACACUCCUGGACACAUUCAGCUGCUUUGGUCCAGUGGUCAGGAUAAUCACACCAGCACACACAGAAGGAGCCACACAUGCUUAUAUUGAGUUUGUGAGUGCAGACAGCAGACGGGCAGCCCUCAGUGCUUCCCAAGACCUCCUCCAACUCAACCUCCUGCUGUGCCCUGCCCUCACACCCCUGCACCUGUCUGCACCUGUCAGCAGGGACACUGUGGACGCACAGGGGGACACUGUGGACCAGGAGAGGACCAAUGGCGCACUCAUAUGUCUAACGAUGGCUCAGAGGUUGAGGAAACUGGACCGGCGUCUCGGUAAACUGUUCCGGUGUCUACCAGAGGGGACACUGUCUGUGGUGGUCCUGAGGGGAAACCAGGAUGCACCAGGACUGUGCUUUGUGGAGAUCAAGAACGCCUCCUGGGAAGACCAAAUAGUGACAAAGUAGUGGAUCAUUUCACCUCAUAGCCAGAAGGUCCUGGGUUCGAUUACUGGACCAUGUGGGA